CAAACAGUUGAGGGUUUCGUUAGUUACAAAGAAAACAUAGCUUUUCUUUCUCUGAAUCUCCGACGUUAUACAUCAGUUUUUAAGAAAUUGGGUGUUGAAUUCGGUGCUUGUUCAAUUUUAGGGUACUGUUUUUGAAAUUGAAAAAGAAAAAAAAAAGAUGUCAGGGAAGGUGCAACAAGAUUAUAGAAUAUUUGUUGGUGGUUUAUCUUGGGACGUAAGUGAUCGUCAGCUGGAAGAUGCCUUUAGCCCUUUCGGUAAAAUUCUCGAUUGUCAGCUGCUUAUAGAUAUGAAAUGCCUUAAAUGGAUUAGUAUGAGGAAGUUGUUAGUUCAUUGGGAUGUGCAAAGUUUGUGGGAUUGCAACAUUUGAGAUACUAGAAUCUGUUCAACGGCUUGUUUUUGAACUCACCUGCUAGACUAUUCACAAAAGGCAGUUGAUUUUCAAUUCCAUGUAACAGUGGACAGUGGUUUGCUUUAAAGAAACAUUUGAAAGUAGUUGAAUAAAGAUCAGAUUCAAUUUCGGAAUAAGUUGUUUGGAAGUGUGGUUUUUGAUGCGGAUUGCAGUGAUUCACAAAUUGUGCUCUGAUGCGAUAAACUGUUUGAAUGAUAAAAAUCCUUUCUCUUCCUAGACUUCAUUGCAUCAUCUGGAUGUUGUCCUUGGAUUGAAUCGUUAUUCUUCAUUCUGAGUUGGAUGCAUAGCAGUCAACUUACACUAAUGUCCAGUAAAUCUGUUUACCUUAUGGGAUGCAUCAAAUGUGGGAAUAGAGGGUAGAAUUAACUUUAGAUGUAAGGUGCUUCAAUUAUGCGUAUCAGUGGCAUGUGGUCAUGCAUUUUUCUGCUUUAAGAAGGACUAAGGUUCCGUCAAGAGAUGAAUUUUGAAUGCAUAAACUAAGCUCAGUGUCCAGUUCGAACAUUUCCUCAAGUUGAGUUGGCAGACAGCUUCUGAAAAUGGCACCUCUUAGUUUUGGCAUCCUUCAAGAUGAAUCUGAUUGGAAAAUGUCGUUUGUGUUUUUACUAGUUUGAGGGACCAGAUGUUAGACAUGAAUAUCUAAGUGCUUUGGCAGGAACAUGAAAGUAUCAUUUUCUCUUUUAAAGUUGAUUUUAUUUGCUAAUUUCUGAUCUCUGAGUUCCUUGGAUUUUGUCCCAUCAAUAAUUUCUUUGGACUGUAAGCUGCAUAAGAUCUUAGUGUUGAAGUUCACAAGAGAAACAUAAACGACUUUCUUGCUUAUGCUUUAGAUGCUAUGAAAAUAUUGAGACCUCUAGUUUUCUAUAAGGAAGUCCAUUUGCCUCCUUAUGUUUGGGGUGUUCAUAGACUACGCGUUCUUUUUGAGUUUGUUUUGAAGAAGAAUCAGCGAACAAAAUUUUGGAUCUAUGGUGGCACUUAUCAAACAACGUGAUUCUCUAUACCCGUUCCACAAUCAAGAGGGAACUCAAUUCUUGACCUUUUGGAAAGCCAUAAGAUCUAGAUAGCUUGUUCUGUUUAUUUGAAGGUUGGAUUGUCGCUUCAGUGUUCUGAGGUCCUUCGUACUUUGGACAUUAGUAGAUGACAUAAUUUGAAGACAGAAGAGUAGUAGUUCUUCAAACAACAAAGUGAAAACAAUGAAGUAUCUUACUUUUCAGAUUUUUAUGCUCGAUGAUUUAUUGCUUUAGAUUAGUUCUUUGGCAUCUUAGUUGUCCAUUCCCUUUGAAAUGCAUUUUAUAUGCUGAAGCUGGAUUAAGAUUUUGAAGGUCUGCUUCAUCUUCUUUGAUGUCUUUCUAGUCAACGGUUGAAGAGGGGGAAGUUGAAAUGUCGCUAGUUGGUGGAUGUUCUUAAUAUUAAUUAGUUGAAUUGAUGCUGGAAAAGGUAGCUGAAUGAAGACCAGUGUCUUGCAUAAUUACUGAAAUGAUAGCAAACUUUUGUGGGAAAUCUAACAGGAAGAGCUCCUCAAAAAGUAUCUUGCAGCUGUGAGCUUUUCUCAGUAUGGUCAAUCACCUAUGGCUUAGAUAUACUUCUGCGAUAUAUUUACUUGGCACUAGUUAGUUGGUUUAAGUAAGUGAAGGAAAGUAUAUGGCUUUAAAUCAGAUCAAUUGGCAUUGUCGAGAAUUACCGAGACGUUAGAAUGCAUAUUUGUUGUUUUAUGUUUGCUCUUAAUGGUAUCGACUUCAUUGGGUACGUUUGAUCUGAGUCAACCUAAUGGGGUCAGAUGAUUGAAAUCUGCAGGACUGCAGAUUCUGCUGCCCAAGUUAUGCUGGAUAGAGACACUGGUCGCCCUCGUGGAUUUGGGUUUUUAACAUUUGCAGACCACCGGGCAAUGGAGGAUGCAAUAAGAGAAAUGGAUGGUGUGGAGAUUGGUGAUAAGGUGAUAUCCGUGAAUAAGGCCCAACCAAAGAUGGGAAGUGAGGAUCCUGACCAUGGCUAUGGUGGAGGUUACUCAUCAGGCGGCAGGGCAAGCUAUGGUGAGGGUUAUAGGUCAGUUGGGCAAGACACUUGCUUUAGCUGUGGUCGCCCUGGCCAUUGGGCCAGAGACUGUCCGUUAGAAGGAGGUGGCCGGGGUGCUCGACCACUAACACCCCCUCCUCGUUCUAGGUAUGGUGGUGGACGUGGGGACAGGUUUGGAAGUGACCGUGAUAGGUAUAUGGAUGACCGAUAUGAUAGAGGGAACUAUGCUGAUAGGGAGCGCUAUGACAGCAGAUACGGGAGCGGUGAUCGAUACACUAGUGACAGGUACCCUCCUAGUGGUGAUCGCUUGGGCAACAGGUAUGGGGGUUCUGACCGCUACCCUCAGAAUGGCUGUGGCAAAGGGAGAGGGUUUGACGGGGAUGUAGGCCCGAGAGGUGUGGGUGACAGAUAUGAAGCUGGAGGGCCAGCCCGAUAUGAGGGAAGAAGCUACAGAGAUAGAGCGGGACCUUAUGAUCGCCCUCGAAGGGGAGGACGCCCACCUUCCUUUGACCGUUACUGAGAUGAAUGUGCACAUCCAUGUGGAUGAUGUUCAAUGUUAGUUGAUCUCUGCAGUAGUAUGGACUAGGAUAAAUGUAUGCCGUCUUGUCUGGAGCAGCUAGUAGUGACUAUGCAUGACUACUGACGAGUAGAGUAAAUUAGUAGGAAUGUAGCCGGUAAAACAGAGUGGACGGACAUCUUUGGUGUCUUUUGGUCUUGUUUUUAUGCUUUAUAGACGAGGGAGCUUCCUCUAUUGGAAUGCGCUAUAGUCCUCUGUAUGUUGUUUCCACUUAUAACUCAAAUCCUUAUCUCUCUGCGUCUCUUCUCAUCGGGAAUAACAAGAUUGUCCCUGGAUUUUAGUGAUG